GUUCCACCAAGUCCCCCUCCUUCAGCGGCCGCACCACGACGGUUGGAAAGCGACGGACCGACACUGACCAACAGCCGGCCACUGUAGGCCAAACCCCCUACUCCACCUUUCUCGUCCCCGCCGCGUUGCCGUGGUGACGGGCCGCGAAGUGCGGCUGCGCAGGAGUGGCGGCCGCGCGAGGAGGGAGGGGUGUUUUGGUUCUUGCGGCUCGCCGUCCUUUCCAGACUGGGUCGACGGCUAAGCUUUUGGUUCCUGUUUGCCUUCCCCUCCCCUUCACUCUUCUUUCCUUGUUUGCCCCCCUCCUUUCCCGGCCCCGAUCCUCCCUCUUUCUUCUCUAGCCGCUCCCCUCCUCUUUUAUAUUAUUUUAUUUUAUUUUCUUAUCUUUAUUUUUCCUAUUGUUGCCCCGGGGCCGGGCCGUUUUCCGGGCCGGGCGUAGAGAGGCGCACGGCCCCGGGGCCCAGUAUAUGACCCCCCGCCCCGCUCCCCCGCGCGUCCCCCGCCCCAUGUGGCUGCGGGGUCGCGGCGGCGCUGCCCACUAUGGCCCGGAAAGCAGUUAGCAGGAAGCGGAAAGCGCCGGCCUCGCCGGGGGCUGGGAGCGACGCCCAGGGCCCACAGUUUGGCUGGGAUCACUCACUUCACAAAAGGAAAAGACUCCCACCAGUGAAAAGAUCUUUAGUGUACUACCUGAAGAACCGGGAAGUCAGACUACAGAAUGAAGCCAACUACUCGCGAGUGUUGCAUGGCUAUGCAGCACAGCAACUUCCCAGUCUUCUUAAGGAAAGAGAGUUUCACCUCGGGACCCUUAACAAGGUGUUUGCAUCUCAGUGGCUGAAUCAUAGGCAAGUGGUGUGUGGCACAAAAUGUAAUACGCUAUUUGUAGUUGAUACCCAGACAAGCCAAAUCACCAAAAUUCCCAUUCUGAAAGACCGGGAGCCUGGAGGUGUGACCCAGCAGGGCUGUGGAAUUCAUGCCAUCGAAUUGAAUCCCUCUAGAACAUUGUUAGCCACUGGAGGAGACAACCCCAACAGUCUUGCCAUCUACCGACUUCCUACACUGGAUCCUGUGUGUGUGGGAGACGAUGGACACAAGGACUGGAUCUUUUCCAUUGCAUGGAUCAGUGACACGAUGGCAGUAUCUGGCUCACGUGAUGGUUCAAUGGGACUUUGGGAGGUGACAGAUGAUGUGUUGACUAAAAGUGAUGCGAUGCACAAUGUGUCACGGGUCCCUGUGUAUGCUCACAUCACUCACAAGGCCUUAAAGGAUAUCCCUAAGGAGAACACAAACCCUGACAACUGCAAGGUCCGGGCUCUGGCCUUUAACAAUAAGAACAAGGAAUUGGGUGCAGUAUCCCUGGAUGGCUACUUUCAUCUCUGGAAGGCUGAAAAUACACUGACUAAGCUCCUCUCCACCAAACUGCCAUAUUGCCGUGAGAAUGUGUGUCUGGCCUACGGCAGUGAAUGGUCAGUGUAUGCAGUGGGCUCCCAAGCGCAUGUCUCCUUCCUGGACCCACGGCAGCCAUCGUACAAUGUCAAGUCUGUCUGCUCCAGGGAACAAGGCAGUGGGAUCCGGUCAGUGAGCUUCUAUGAGCAUAUCAUUACCGUGGGCACAGGGCAGGGCUCCUUGCUGUUCUAUGACAUCCGAGCUCAGAGAUUCCUGGAAGAGCGGCUCUCAGCUUAUUGUGGAUCCAAACCCAGGCUCGCAGGAGAAAAUCUGAAACUAACCACUGGCAAAGGCUGGCUAAAUCAUGAUGAAACCUGGAGGAAUUACUUCUCGGACAUUGAUUUCUUUCCCAAUGCUGUUUACACCCACUGCUACGACUCGUCCGGAACGAAACUCUUUGUGGCAGGAGGUCCCCUCCCUUCAGGGCUCCAUGGAAACUAUGCUGGGCUCUGGAGUUAAGGACAACUAACUCUCCCAAAAUGCAGAAAUUUACACUAAUUUCCAUCUUCAGCUUCCUUAUUUCUUUUAUAUAUUUUCCCCUGGUUGUGCAAGGCCCUCAUAUUUUAGUGGAAACAGAGUGUGAAGUGUGGUUUAGGCACUUGACAGGAAGCAGCUGUAUAUGGAAAUCUGAAGGCUUUUUUCCCCCCUUUUCUCUUUUGUUAAUCAUUUUUUUUUACAUCUUUUCUGUUAUCUCAACCAAACAUUGUUAAUUCUUAUUUGUAUUUUUUGUUUAAAUGACGUACACUUUACUCUCUCUGGCUUCUUUAGGCUAACAUAGUCAUUCAUUCUCACCCUUACUUCACUCUUGAGAGGUAGGGCUCCUUUAUAAUUAUGUCAUUGCUGUCAAACUUUCUAUGAAAGUUUGGGAGCUGUGUGUGUGUGUGUGUGUGUGUGUGUGUGUGUGUGUGUGUUAACCUGUGUGACUGAAGUACCAUGAGUCACUGGAAUUACCUGGAGUGAGGAUUGCUUGUAAUUAAAUAUUUAUAAAAGAAACAACUUUAUUCAGAAUCCAGCUUGGGGAAGAGCCUUUAUCUUUCUGUUUUUUAAUCUAUUAGCAUUAAUUAUAGGAAGUAAAAGCAGAAAGGAAAAAAACAGAACCACUAUCAGGAAGACCCUCUGAUUAGAUUGCAGACUUCUAGAGCACUCAUCCCAGGACUGCAAAGCGAUCCAUCCCUACCUGUCUUCUUUUUUUUUUUUGUUUUUCCCUCCAGGGUUACUGCUGGGCUCGGUGCCUACACCAUGAAUCCACCGCUCCUGGAGGCCAUUUUUUCCCCCUCUGUUGCCCUUGUUGUAGCCUCGUUGUUAUUAUUAUUAUUAUUAUUAUUGCCAUUGUUGAUGUUGUCAUUGUUGGAUAGGACAGAGAGAAAUGGAGAGAGGAGGGGAAAGGGGAAGACAGAGGGGAAGAGAAAGACAGACACCUGCAGACCUGCUUCACUGCCCAUGAAGCGACUCCCCUGCAGUUGGGAAGCCGGGGGCUCGAACCGGGAUCCUUACGCCGGUCCUUGUGCUUUGCGCCACAUGCGCUUAACCCACUGCACCACCACCCGACCCCCCCUACCUGUCUUCUUAUCUGUGUACCCCCCAGUGUGUCUGUCUGUGUGUCACUCCCACUUGAGCUUCUGCACCUGCUUAGUCAGUAGCUACUCACCUACAAGAUGCAGCUUUGGGAAGACUGCAUAAGACUUGGAAAAGAGAACCCCCAUUCCAGCCUCCCUCUCUCUCUCUCCUCAGACAAGAUCUGAUCUGCUAUUUCAGGGGCCUGUGACUGUGGGCCCGAAGCCUAAACUUCAUAAAUUCACUUCCCUUGGCUUGGGGAGGCACUUCUCCUUUGCCAUUAUUGUAAUCCCCUCAGUGGGUUUCACUGUAGUUUUCUAAAUUGGGUUUAGUUCAGUAGGGCAGGGUUAAGCAGGAGUUCUCUGUGUGUAGUGAGUGUUUCAUGUGUGAAAUGUUUGUUUUUUUAAUACAGUGGGGCUGAGGUUAAAAACCACCUCUCCCAUUGAUGGAUCAACAUUGGGAUGGUGACCUGUGGCCAGCAAUGUGCAUGUAAAAGCAUCGAUAUUAUUAGGAAUUUGUUUCUCCCUUGCAGUGUUCUAGUCUGAGGUUUUUAAGCUUAAGGCCAACUGACUGACCUUGAUGUCCAGUUAUUCCUUGCUUUUUACGCAUUGUGUUGCAAAUAGCAGCUGUUCCCACCCUCGAAUACCUCCUCCAUUCUAAGCAUGUACUCGGCUCUGUCAACGGCCCAUCCUGGGGAAAAGGAACUCACUCACUUUUGCACUUCAGUUUCUAAACUGCUCGCAGCUACCCCCUCUGCUGGGUGUAAAUGGGGAGAUAUGAAAAAAGAGCAUUUUCUUCUUGCUAGUGGGGAAUCACGGAGAGGGGAGACGGUAGAGCUGCCCUGUUUUGGUGGUACAAUGCACACAACAGGUUCUAGAAGUCUCAUCAUUUAACCUAGAGAAAUAGGUGCUAUCAAUUAAACAAAAUGCUGGAUGCUGUAGAUCUUUUUACUUGUCUUCUUUUUCUUUUUUUCUAUUAAACUACAGACUGUAGAUCUCUUAGUUCUCACAGAACUUCUAUCAUUUUAAACCAACUUGUAUAUUAAAAAAAAAAAAAAAAACUCUUAAGUAGGACGUUUUGUAUUGCUGCCAGACCCUCUUCUGUGGUGGGUAAUGCAUUUGAUUGUUUGAGAUUUUGUUCUUUAAAAUGUAGCACUUGACUUUUGGGCAAGUAAAAAUAAAUAUUAUUUCAGUGCAAA